AUGGCCGUUCUACAAGCCUCUAUCGCGAUCUUUGUCGCCCAUAUCAUCCUUUUGCUCGGAUUCCCAGCCUCUUUGGUCGCAGCUGUGCCAGUUUCCGUCCCAGUUUCUCCCGCCAAUGUGUUAGCGACAACUGAAAAGAGAGCUCCCUCAAGUUACUGGGUCGCCAAUAUCAAGCGCCAGGGUGUUAUCCCCUUUGCAAAGACGCCCGACUACAAGAUCUUCCGAAAUGUAAAGGACUAUGGUGCCAAGGGUGAUGGCUCCUCUGACGACACUGCUGCCAUCAACAAGGCUAUGUCUUCUGGAGGCCGUUGUGGAAAGGGCUGUGAUUCCUCUACCACCACUCCUGCUAUCGUCUAUUUCCCACCUGGUACCUAUGUUGUCUCAAAGCCUAUCACCCAGUACUACUACACCCAGAUUGUCGGCGAUGCUGUCGAACUUCCCGUUAUCAAGGCUUCCCCGAAGUUCGCGGGUAUGGCUGUGAUUGACUCCGAUCCCUACGAGGACAACGGCGACAAUUGGUUCACUAACCAGAACAACUUUUUCCGCGCCAUUCGUAACUUGGUCAUUGAUCUGAGAAGCAUGCCCCCAAGCGUCGGUGCUGGCAUCCACUGGCAGGUGGGCCAGGCCACGAGCUUGCAAAAUAUUCGUUUCGAAAUGAUCAAGGGUGGAGGCCAAGCCAACAAGCAGCAGGGUAUCUUCAUGGACAACGGGUCCGGUGGUUUCAUGUCCGACUUGACUUUCAACGGCGGUAACUAUGGCAUGUUCCUCGGUAACCAACAGUUCACCACCCGCAACUUGGUCUUCAACGACUGCCAGACUGCCAUCUACAUGAACUGGAAUUGGGCCUGGACUUUCAAAUCGGUUAAGAUCAACAACUGCGAGGUUGGUCUAAAUAUGUCCACUUCGCCUUCCAACCAAACUGUUGGCUCUGUCUUGAUGCUGGACAGCAAGCUCACCAACACCCCCACUGGUAUCGUCACUGCUUGGACCCAGAAGAGCAUUCCCGUUGGCGGCGGUGACCUCAUUUUGGACAACGUGGACUUCUCUGGCUCCAAGGUUGCUGUGGCUGGUUAUGAUGGCAAGACCAUCCUGGCAGGUGGCUCUGUCGUUGACAACUGGGUCCAGGGUAACACUUACACCCCGUCUAAGACUAUCAACAAGCGUGCCAGUGAGGCUGAGUUGGUGGUUACUGUUUAUGAGACUGUCACGGAGACUGCCCAUGCCUGUGGCGCUUCCCACGGACUUCCUAGUGCCAGCCUUGCGGGCAGCGAGGCUCCUGCCCCCGCAAAGACUGAAUCAUCUGAAUCCGCUGCUUCCCCUGUCCCGGGUCCCGGUACCAGCAGUGAUACUGAUCGCUCUCCUAAGCCUUCUUUCCCCUCCAGUGUAGUCUCUGCCCAGCAACCUGCCGUGCCCAUCACUUCCACUGCUGCAUCUCCUCAAAGUACUAGCAGUGGCUCCCAAGGUGAUCAGGACCGAGAGUCUGGUAGUGAUAGCAGCGCUGCCACUUGCGGCGCCUCGGCUCCCGUUGUCCCUGCUCGCACCCAGAGCUCUAUGAAGACCGCUCCCAAGCCCGCUAGCCUGCUCAAGGGUGGUGCUGUCUUUGAACGCUCCAAGCCUCUUUAUGAGAACCUUGCACCCUCCGCUUUUAUUAGCGUCAAAUCGGCUGGUGCCAAGGGCGACGGAGUCACCGAUGACACUGUGGCCAUCCAGAAGAUCUUUGACAGCUACAAGGAUGGCCAGGUUAUCUACUUUGAUCACGGUGCCUAUGUCAUUACCUCCACCAUCAAGGUACCCAAGAACAUUAAGAUCACUGGUGAGAUCUGGCCCAUGCUCAUGGCCCACGGCCCGAAGUUCGCCAACCAAGAUAAACCUGUUCCUGUCUUCCAGGUUGGCCAAAAGGGUGACAUUGGCUCUGUCGAGAUGACCGACCUCAUCAUCACCACCAAGGGCCCUGCCGCUGGUGCUAUCCUCAUGGAGUGGAAUCUUGCUGGCUCUUCCCAGGGUUCUGCUGGUAUGUGGGAUGUUCACUUCCGCAUUGGUGGCGCUGCUGGCACCGAGCUGCAGAGCGACACCUGCCCCAAGACCCCCAAGGAGAAGACCAUUCCCAGGAAGGAGUGCAUGGCCGCUUUCAUGCUCCUACACGUCACCAAGAAGGGUAGCGUCUACCUCGAGAACACCUGGUUCUGGACUGCCGAUCAUGAGCUGGACCUCAAGGAUCACAACCAGAUCAAUGUCUAUACUGGCCGUGGUGUGCUCAUCGAGUCGCAAAACCCCGUUUGGCUAUGGGGUACCUCUUCGGAGCAUCACCAGCUGUACAACUACCAAAUCUCAAGUGCCAAGAACGUCUUCAUGGGCCUCAUCCAAACGGAGACUCCGUACUACCAGUCCAACCCGAACUCACUGACUCCGUUCACCUCGCAACGCUCCUGGAACGACCCUGACUUCUCAAACUGCAAGACCAACUCCUGUCGCAAGGCUUGGGGUCUGCGUGUUCUCGGUUCCUCGGAUGUCUUCGUCUACGGCGCUGGUCUGUACAGCUUCUUCGAGAACUACGCCCAAUCCUGCCUCAACUCUGAGGACUGCCAGGAAAACAUGGUCGAGGUCGAUUGUUCGAACGUCAAGCUGUACGGUCUUAGCACUAAGGCUUCUGUCAACAUGGUGACCUCAUCCAACGGCAAGUCUCUGGUCCCCGGGAAACCGAAUAAGAGCAACUACUGCUCCACCAUCGCACUCUUUGAACAGUCUGCUUAG